GCCGGUCCAGAAAGCACCAGAAUAUUAAUUACAACAAAACCCCCUCAAACAAACCGAUUUCAAUUUUCACCACCGAGAAGAGAUCCCCGGUGCGAUCCAACGACGAACACUCUCCGUACAAUCUCACCGGUGUAAACACAUUCAUUUCAUCAACAACUUCAGGCUACCUUUAUUUUGAGCUUACAAAAGUUAAAGAGAAGAGACUGAACAUAUUGGAAAAAGCGUGAGCAAAAUCUGUAGAGGAUUAAAGUGAGAGAGUGGUGAGCAGUUCAUAAAAGCAUUUUGUAACAGUGUAGUUAACGUUAAAGGCACUUGUCUUUUUGUGUUUCUCUCUCUAUGACCUUACUGAUCUGAACCAAAGGAUUCUGACAUGGAAAAACAUGAGUAAAUCAAGAAAGAACUUCGAAGGGAAAAUUGUUAUCUAAGCUACCAGAUGAUUUCUCUUUGUAUUCCAGUUUGAAAUCCCUAAGCAAAUAAUGGCUGAUGAUCUGUGCGUUUUCAUUAAGGAUAUGCUCAUCAUUGGACCUCCGGUAAAAAAAUCAUUGGUGUAUAGAAUAAGUCUAGUGGCAUUUGUUAUGGUAUGUGGUGUUUUCAUGUGUUCAAUUGGUCUAAAGCAAAUUAGCAACUUCACAAAAGCUGGUUUCAUUGAUGCUAAAGUGGUCGAGCAGCACUGCGAAGUUCCCGUUGUUGAAAAAUGGGAAAGGUCUUAUGUGCAUUUUCCCAAACCUACAACGUUUUCUCGGGAUGAGUGUGCGUGCAAUCCUGUUCGAUACUUUGUUAUCUCAUCAACACAAAGAUCUGGGAGUGGAUGGUUUGAGACAUUACUAAAUAGUCAUAUAAACGUCAGCUCAAAUGGAGAGAUUUUCUCAGUUAAACCACGUAGAAGCAAUAUGACAACAAUUGUGGAUACUUUGGACAACAUUUAUAAUCUUGAUUGGUUUACAAGUGCAUCCAAGAAUGAGUGCACAGCUGCAGUGGGUUUGAAGUGGAUGCUUAAUCAGGGUUUAAUGCAAAAUCAUGAAGCAAUAGCAGAAUACUUCAACGCUAAGGGCGUUUCAGUAAUUUUUCUUUUUAGAAGAAAUCUUCUUCGCAGAAGAAUCUCAAUACUGGCAAACGCAUAUGACCAAAGUGCUAAACCACUAAAUGGGAAGCACAAAUCUCAUGUUCAUUCUCCUGACGAGGCUAAAAUUCUAGCAAGUUACAAGCCCACGAUUAAUACGACAUUGUUGAUACCUGAGCUGAAACAAGCUGACAACAUGGUUAAACAAGCACUCGAAUACUUUAAUAGUACUCGACAUAUUGUCCUUUACUAUGAGGACAUAAUCAAGAAUCACACGCAGGUACUGAACGACGUUCAAGAUUUUUUAAGGAUCCCACGAAUGGAGCUAAAAAGCCGGCAGGUGAAAAUACACAAAGGCCCUUUACACGAGCAGGUUGAAAACUGGGGUGAUAUUCAAAAGGUACUAAACGGGACCCCUUAUGAACACUUCCUACAUGAAGAUUAUAAAGUUAGUUAAAUGGUUCUAAUUGUGUAUAUGUUGUUAUAACUAACUGACUAACUCAUUCUUUAUUUAUUUUCCCUGUUGGAAUUUUGGUAUACUUUUGUUAAAGCAUCUCAGUCUGAUCGAGUUUUGUCCCGUUUA